GUAACGCGGAGCACUGACGGCGGAAUUUGGUCGCGAAAACAGCGAAACUGACAAAUUGGACCCGCAUGUCGGGCUGACAUGGCGUGCGUAUGUGGACAAUAUGCUGACUUGGACAAUAGGCCAGAGUGCCGCUGCCAUGGAGAAGCGGACUCCUGUUCGUCGGCCUGGGCGCACGGCGGGCUGGGUGCUCCUCGUCGGCCUGGGCGCGCGGUGGGGCUGGGCGCUGCUCGUCGGCCGACGCGGCGAGGCUGGGCGCGCGGCGGGCUGGAUGCUCCUCGUCGGCUUGGGCGCGCGGCGGGGCUGGGCGCGGCUCGUCGGCCGGCGCGGCGAGGCUGGGCGCGCGGCGGGCUGGAUGCUCCUUGUCGGCCUGGGCACGCGGCGGGGCUGGGCGCUGCUCGUCGGCCGGCGCGGCGAGGCUGGGCGCUGCUCCUCGUCGGCCUGGGCACGCGGCCGCCGGCGCUCCAUGGAGAGGCGGACGUGCUAGCUACUCGCUCUCUC